CUCUCCAAUUGGUAAUAAAUUCGGAUCCCUAAAAAUUCUGGAAACUACGAUUCUCCGAUUCCGAAGAUGAUGCGUCUCCGGGUUGCUGCCGCUGCUAAGCAGAGUCGGCGAGUGUUUUCUCCCCGUGCUUCUGAGUCUGCUUCAUCUCCGGAACCUUCUCCCGUCCAGUGGUUUAAGUCCAUCAAGGCUGCUGCUUCCCACUGCAUCCUUCAAGGUCUCGUGAAGAGUUGCAACGCUAGCCCUUUGUGCGCCAAGAGCAUCUGCUGCUUCGCGACCAGAUCCGAGAAGUGGAAGAGGCGCGUCAACCUAUUGCACUAUACCGGAACCCCGUUGACCUCCAAAGUGUUCGUGUGGAAUAACAAGGCUUCUUUGAUCCGAGCUUGUGAGAAUGUAAGUCAAACGUACACGGGUACUUUGAUUACGGCUGUUGUUGGGCUCUCGGGAUUUGCUAUCACCCACUGGGUACGUCACUACGACCUGAAAGGUGCAGACAAGAGGUUCGCUGCUAUCGAGCGUCGCCAACGUGCUCUUAAGGCUUAUCAGGCAUACAUGGUUACUCGGUUUAAUAGGGAGUUAAACAUUGUGAAUCAGCAGAUGGGGAAGAUUCAGUAUGAGUUCUGCGAGAUGGAGAAGAUUCUUCAACAACUCGAGAAGAAUAACAAGAAGUAGGAAUCUUGACCAUCCUCUGACUUUUGUUUGUGUAAUAAUGAUUUGACAUGUGUUGUUUAUGCUUACUAUGAGAUCUACUACUCGAGGAAGGUCGUUUUUAAGUGA